AUGGGGGAGGACGUAGAUUCGAGAAGUGCCGCCAUGAAACUCGCCAUUCUCAUCGCCUUAGCACUGGCUCCAGCGUUGGGAGUGAAGUUCCAGGGCGCCCUGCGCGAGAAGAGGACGGAAUGCAAGAUUUUCGCGAUGUGGGACUACCAUGCUGGAAAGGUGCCUUUCUUCAUCCAAAAGGAUCUGGAGUCCUGGGCCCUUCAUUCCCACGGCCGCUGUGGGAGCCCUGUGCUCAUCAACGACACCAACAUCGCUGAGUACAUCCCGGAUCUUCCAGAAGAGUAUUUCAGGCUCCCCGACCAUGGAUCCCGGUCGGAUGUGAUCCGCUAUGCUUUGAUCUAUCAUCAUGGAGGCAUCUACAUGGACACCGACAUCUUGGUCCUCAGGGACUUGAACGAGGUGCUGGACAAGGUUGCCGACGAUUACGACCUGAUCUCCUAUGCUCAGAAGAAGAGCUGCAAGUCCUUCAGCUCCAAUUUCCUUGCCGCCCGCAAGGGCAGCGCCUACAUGAAGGAAGUUUGGGAGGCGCAGAAGAAAGCCAUGACGAGUCACUGCGAGUCCCAUGACGACCGUGACACGAAGGUUUGCUGCCCAGCGAACCCUAAGCACAAAUGCCACGUACACUGGGGUGCUAUCGGUGAGAUGGUGUCUCAUCCAGUGUUCGACAAGUUUGCUGCCGCGAAUCCUUCAAUGAAGAAGCACUGCUUCGCAGAGGAGGAAGGCGAGUCCUUCGCUCCCGAGGGCAUGGGCACAGUGCUCUUUACCAAGCGGAAGCUCCAAGAUGCUUUGCCUUUCUUCACGAGCAUCAAGACAAAGAAGCCCAUGGAUCGACUGGCCUACCACCUCUUCAACGCCCAGGGCUUUCAAAGGGAGUACGCUGGUGGUGCCAUCUUCGAUUCGGCUCUUUUCGUCGGAGCGCUGUAUCGGAAGAGCUUGGGAAAUGCCUCGGCGCCACCGAAGGGUCCUGCAGACGACGGCCCAGCCGAGUACUGCGCGUCGGAAGGUGAGAAUUGCCCAUGCUCGGGUCGAGUCUUCUUUGGCCGGAAGUUUGACAACGACAAGGAUGGGGACAAGCUGGACUUAUCUGAAAUGGUCUUGCAGCAGUAUCGCAUGAUGGAGGUCAACGGAGAUAUUGCCUGCACGACCUCCGGAUUCAUGGGUGAUCCCCAGAUCAAUCGUCCCAAGCAGUGCCUCUGCCAGGCACGAACGCAGAGUUCAAGAGUCGAGGGGUGUACAGGAUCUCCUGUGGUUUGA